GGAGCUUCUUAGAUAUAUCAAAGUGUGUCUUCAACUUCCCUAAAAUUUUCUCUCUUUCCCUUAGUUGAGUUAGUUCCAUAUUUUUUCCACAUCCAAAAUGGGCAGCCUUUGUGUUAAUUUUAGUGACCAAAUUCAAGUUGAAAUCAUGUCCAAAAAGCUCAUAAAACCAUCCUCACCAACUCCUAAUCACCUUCAAAAUUAUAAGUUAUCUUUUUUCGACCAAAUAGCUGAGAAAACUCAUAUGCCUGUUGUUCUUUUUUAUCCACACCCCAUCAAUUCUUCCACCUCAACUAAUGUUAUGGUACAACAACUUGAAGAAUCACUUUCUAGGAUUUUGACUCAUGUUUAUCCAGCUGCCGGUAGAUUUGCACAAGAUAAAUGUUCAAUCGAUUGCCUUGACCAAGGUGUGACAUUAAUAAAAGCCAAGGUCAAUUGCCUAAUGGACGAUUUUCUCCAAGAGGCCAGCACGAAUUUUGACCUCGCCUUGACUUUUUGGCCACAAGGUAUUAAAGAUGUGGACGGGACUAGUUUGUUCACCACACCACUUAUGGUUGUGCAAAUUGCGAUUUUCCAAUGUGGAGGAAUCGCUUUAUCUAUGAGCACCGCGCACCCUGCAAUGGACGGAUGGGCGAGCUUUACGUUCAUCUACGAGUGGUCCAGAGUGUGUAAAUUGGGAAUGUCUACUGAAAAGAUUAAUUUCAUGAGCUUUGAUUUGGUUAAUGUUUUCGGACCAAGAGAUGUAUCCAUGAUGUUUGAAGCUUCUGCUAUUUUCCCUGGACUACGUCCGGACGCUAAGAUUGUGGCCAAAAACUUUGUUAUGGAUGAAGUCUCUUUAUCAAAACUCAGAGACAAAUUAACAAAUUGUCACAAUCCAGGAGCCUUAUGCUUUAAGCCCUCAAGAGUUGAGAUGGUCACAGCGAUUUUAUGGAGGGCUCAACUCCGCGCUUCACAGGCAAUAACAGGGAAAGUGAAGCCUUCAUUAAUGUCAUUUCCCCUGAAUUUACGAGGUAAGCUUAAAUAUCCUGAAACAACUAAUCCUUAUGGGAAUUUUAUUAUUGAAGUUCCUAUAGCAUAUGAACCUAAAGGGACUAAUAUGGAGUUAAAAGAUUUCAUAAUAUUGAUAAGAGAUGCAGUGCAAAAGACUGUUGACUAUUGUGGUGAAGCUUCAACAGAUGAAGUAGUUGACCUGGUGGCUAAUUUAUAUAACCAAAGUUAUGGAGGGCAAGAUUGGGGAACUAGUGAUGAUAUUGAGGAAUUUACAUGCUCAAGUUUGUGUAGUUUUCAUAUGCAAGAAGCAGAUUUUGGAUGGGGAAAUCCAAAUUUAAUGCAUUUUGGGUCAAGACAUCAUCAAGUGUUUUGGUUGUAUUCUACACAAUGUGGCAAUAGUAUUGCUGUGCAGAUGGAUCUCAAGGAAAAUUACAUGGACUUCAUUGAACAUGACCAAGAUUUCCUAGCUUUUACCAAGUUCUAGAUCUUUCUUAAAGUUUCUGCUUUGUUAAGGGAAGGGUAAAGUUGUCUUUGUAUGGUUUAUAGAUCACGAGUUCCGAGCUGUGGAAUCAGGCAUCGAUGUGUCCGGAUAGGCUGCUUGCAUUGACCCCCCCCCCCCCACCCCCCACCCCCCACCCCCGAGGUACGGACAAUAAAACAUGAGUAGGUUAUAAUUCUACAUUAGUUGAGGAAUGGACUAAUGGUCUGCUUAUAUUAACUUAGACUAUUCUCGUCUCACAAGCUAGCUUUUGUGUUGAGUUAGAUUAAAGUAUCAUAUCUUUACACUUCUUAAUGUCAAAAGGGUUGUGAAUUUAUUGAGUUAGAUUCAAGUGUCAUAUCUUUUAGGAUCGUGAAUUUUAGUUCUUAUCGAAAUAAAUUUUGUUAUUUUUGUCAA